AUGGCCUCCAUGUCGGUGGACCCGGUGACGGAGCCACGGAUGUAUCAGCAAACGCUUCUACAAGACGGGCUCUGUGAUCUUCUGGAGACGAAUAAAUUUGUGGACUGCGUUCUGAAGAUCAAAGACAACGAGUUUCCUUGCCACCGGCUAGUGCUGGCUGCCAGCAGUCCCUAUUUCAAAGCCAUGUUUCUUUCAGACCUGGAAGAGAGCAAAAAGCGUGAGAUCGUUCUAAAAGACAUCGAGCCUGGGAUCAUGGGCAUGAUCCUGAGGUACAUUUACACCUCAGACAUCAGCCUUACCGAGCAGAACGUCCAAGACAUCUUCAUGGCCGCCAACAUGUACCAGAUUCCUUCGAUCUUUAGCGUUUGUUUGUCUUACCUAAAGCAAAAGCUGGUCCUCAGUAACUGUCUCGCGAUCUUAAGACUAGGACUGUUACUGGACUGCCCAAGCCUGGCCAUGGAGGCACGAGACUUCAUCUGUGACCGCUAUGAGCUCAUCAUCCGAGACCAGGACUUCAAUCAGCUGGGCCCUGGUGAGUUGGCUGCUAUCAUCACGUGUGACUCCUUGAACGUGGAACGGGAAGAGUUGGUAUUUGAGUCAUUGAUGGACUGGGUUGAGUACGACACGGUGGAAAGGCUAAAGGACCUACCUGAACUUCUUCACUGCGUACGUUUCCGUCUUAUCCCGACGAGUUACUUUGAGGAGAAAGUGGAACGUCAUAGACUGAUCAAAACAAAUCAAGAGCUCAAGAAGGAGCUCCAGCUUGUCAAGGAUGCACAGAGAGGAGUGCUGCACAGGGUCAAACGCUCACAAAAAGGAAGGAAAAGGGAAGGAGCGACAGUUUCUGAAGAUGAGGAGGAGGAAGAUUUGUUGCCGGGGAUCUUAAACAACAACCCACGAUUUGGUAUGUUUCAAACAGACCUUAUAUUACUGAUCAGCGAUACGGGAACGGUAGCGUACGACCCCGCAGCAAAUGAGUGCUUUGUCGCAUCUUUGUCCACCGAGAUCCCUAAAAACCACUGCAGUAUCGUCACAAAGGAGAAUCAGGUCUUUGUUUCUGGAGGUCUCAUGUAUAAUGAAGAUAAUAAAGACAUACCUUUCAGCUCAUACUUUUUGCAGUUUGAUCCCAUGAGCUCGGAAUGGCUUGGGAUGCCCUCACUACCAAACCCUCGCUGCUUGUUUGGUCUGGCGGAGGCUGAGAACUCCAUCUUUGUGAUUGGAGGUAAAGAACUGAAGGAGGGAGAACGUGCAUUAGAUUCCGUUAUGAUCUACGACAGACAGUCAUUCAAAUGGGGAGAGUCUGAUCCUCUUCCCUAUGCAGUUUAUGGGCAUGCAACCAUUUCACACAAAGGACUUGUCUAUGUAAUAGGUGGAAAAACUGAGAGCAAGAAAUGCCUAAGAAGGAUGUGUGUCUACGACCCCACCAAGUUUGAAUGGAAAGAUCUGGCACCGAUGAAAACUGCCCGCUCAUUGUUUGGCACUGCCGUCUACAAAGACAAAAUCUACGUGGUCACUGGAGUUACUGAUAACGGACUGACUAGCAGCGUGGAGGUCUAUGAUAUUGCCAGUAACUCAUGGUCGGAGUUUGUGGAGUUUCCUCAGGAAAGGAGCUCCCUUAACCUUAUCCAACUGGGAGGCUGCUUGUAUGCUGUUGGAGGUUUUGCUAUGAUGCCAAAUGAGGAGACAGAAAAAAUGGAGCCCACUGAGAUGAACGACAUAUGGAGGUUUGAUGAAGAGGAGAACUGUUGGAAUGGGAUCCUGAGGAAGAUACGUUAUGCUGCUGGGGCGUCAGUGCUGGGUGUACGUCUCAACACUUUGCGACUCACCAAAAUGUGAUCUUUAGGUCUCAUCUAGACAAAAACUCAUAAGCUGUAGCAUACUGUACAAACAACCCUGCAAAACAUUAAGACCUUCCUACGUGUUCAUGGAACAAUACUCUUUAAAUUCCUACUAAAUGAUGACACAGUAAUUUGUGAUUAAUACAAGGACACCUUGUUGUAAGUGCAUAAUAUUUUCAACAUGGAUCGACAUGUCUAUAACAGUUCUUAGUAUUAUGCACAUUCUUUAAAUUGUUGUUUCUAAAACUCAGCAGAUAAAAGACAG